AUGAAGAUCCUGUUCUGUGACCUCCUGCUGCUCAGCCUGUUCUCCAGCGCAUCCAGCAGCUGUCAGGAGGACUGUAUGACCUGCAGAGAGAAGCUCCGCCCAGCUCUUGACAGCUUCAACCUUGAGGUGUGCAUCCUCGAGUGUGAAGGGAAGGUUUUCUCCGGCCCUCUCUGGACUCCGUGCACCAAGGUCAUGGCGAGGGGCUCCUGGCAGCUCAGCCCUGCUGACCCAGAACACGUGGCAGCUGCUCUUGACCAGCCAAGAGCCUCUGAGAUGCAGCAUCUGAAGAGAAUGCCCCGUGUCAGGAGCCUCUUCCAAGCUCAGAAAGGGACAGAGCCCGGCAUGGAGGAGGUGGGGGAGAUGGAGCAGAGGCAGCUGCAGAAGAGGUUCGGGGGUUUCACCGGAGCCCGGAAGUCAGCCCGGAAGCUGGCCAACCAGAAGCGGUUCAGUGAGUUUAUGAGGCAGUACCUGGUCCUGAGCUUGCGGUCCAGCCAACGCCGGCGCACCCUGAACCAGAAUGGUAAUGCGUAG